AUGGCGAUGCCAAUGGAAUUGCAGCUACACUUGCAUCAACAGAUGCUGUUCCGUCAACACCAGCUUGCUCUUCGAAGUCACAGACCAGAGGACAUACCGAAUUCAAAUACGUGGUCAAUACCGAGCUUAGGCGGAGGUCCCCCUUUACCUUCGGAAGUGAAGGUUGAGUUGCAGAAUCGGGAACUGUGGCAGCAAUUCCACGCAGAAACCACGGAAAUGGUAAUUACGAAGGUGGGCCGACGAAUGUUCCCGACGAUACAGCUGACUAUCACGGGAUUAGAGCGGCGUGCGCGUUAUUGCGUUCUCCUCGAAGUGGAGCCGGCGUCCGAUCGUCGACACAAGUACGUCGGCGGCGGCGGUAGCGGCUUGGAGAAAACUUGUGGGAAUGCAAGAGGAUGGACGUCGGCUGGUCCAGCCGAGCCUCAGCCACGACUCGAUCGAAGAAUUUACCUGCAUCCCGAUAGUCCGGCGACUGGUACAUAUUGGAUGCAGCAUCCGCAUAGCUUCAAUAAAUUAAAACUGACCAACAACGCUGUCGACCCUAGGAAUAACCUGGUCCUGACAUCCAUGCACAAGUACAUACCGCGGAUUUGGAUUAUUCGUUGCGAUGAUGCGACCAGACUGAGCGAUCUAUACUCUCAUCCAAGCUCGUCGUUCAAGUUUCCCGAAACGGAGUUUAUUGCUGUAACUGCUUAUCAGAACGAAAAUAUCACGAAAUUGAAGAUCAACAACAACCCCUUCGCGAAGGGUUUCCGAGAAACUGGUCAAUCUCGAUGCAAGAGGAAGUUCCAGGCAGAAGCAGAGAGAUUAAUUCGCAUCAACGACGACGACGAGAACGCGUCUUCCGAGCCAGAAUUGAACAGACCAUCGAAUCAUCUAGAUGUCGACAAUGGGGGGCCAAGAAGAGCCCCCAGUGAAACAGAAAGUCUCGACGAUAGUGGAGUGAGUAGCUGUGGUGGAAUUAGCCCACCCCUACCCUCCAUUGUCCAUCAAAAUUCACCGUCCAGGGAUGUCGAUCGUGAUGCACAGCCGAAAUUACACAGGCCCUGGAUCGAUUCUUCUCCACAACUUUCGUCUUCCACGGUGACCACAUCGUUGUCGAGCUUGUCGCCUAGAUUCAGCAAUUUGAACCUUCCCGCCUAUUACUUUCGAUUAUUUUACCCGUCUCUGACGAUGCAACCGGAUCUCGCGAAGCUACCGUACCAAUCGAUGGCGCAAUUUUCGAAAUUUCAUUAA